GAAACGAUGUGUCGCCCUGUGUUCACGUGUUGUCCCUGUGUGUGCCGUCUAAGUUGAGGAGUUCGUGUUGAGGACAGUUAACAGCGGCGAUAUCUGUGUUUUUUCAAGCAAUAGUUCAAGUCCAGCCACCGCCAGAGCUUCAGCUGCGGGCAGUAACCGUGUAGUCUCUUCUACGACUGGACAGCAGGUGAGGCAGUCUUCACUAACAUGUUCGCUGAGGAGGAGGAAUGGGCGGACGGCCUGCCGGCUGAAGAAUACAAGCCUCCUGCUGGAGUUAAGAGUAAAAAGAGUAAAGCAGUCGUUGGGAAGUCCAAAGCAAUCAGCAAGCGCUGCCUUAGGCAAACUCUCCAGACCUUAGGGUCAGUGCCAAAGUGGGACACUAUAAGAGCUUCUGAUAGCAGUGAUGGGGAAGUGGAAAAAGCGACUGCCCACGUUAAUAAAAAGAAGAAAAAGUCCAGAAAAAGGAAGAAAAUCUCUGAUGCUGUUACUGAAGGAGAGCAGCACAAGGAAGUGGAGGCAUCAGAAACACCCGUGAAGAAGCGAAAGACAAAGCUAAAACCGAAGCAACAAGGUUCCAGUACUUCACAUGAGUCAGUAAGAGAUGGUAAUGCUAAAGGACAGCAGACAGGCAAAGAAGACACCACAGAGAAGAAGCUGACUCGCAGACAGUGGAGGAACAAAACGAAGAGCAAAAAACGGUGCAAGAAUAAAUACCGUCAGAAUCCAAACGAAGUUGUUAUGGUUAAUUUGAAUAAAGAAAAGUUAGAGCAAAUACAAGCGUCCUCAAAAGAGGAGAAAAAAACAGUAGAUGACCUGUCAUCUGGGAAAAUGAUGUUAGGAGAGAAGAAUGACUUUGUUGUCCCUGUAGAUACACAGACUCUUGAGAGAGACAAGGCCACAAAAAUAAAGAAAAAGAAAAGGAAAGAUAAAGAAAGCAACAGCUUAAACCAUUCACAACAUGUGGGAGAUGAGUCUGUCUGUGAACAGCCCAGUAAAGCAAAUGCUGUUAUUCAGAAGCAUACAGACCCACAUGAAGAGGAUGAAAAACAAAAGUCAGUCAAAGAGGAUAAAAAUUCUCAGGUCCGUGCAAAGAAGGGCCAGGUUAAUGAAGUAAGUACAAAAUUAACAGAAGAGAAACAAGAAACAAGUAAAACAAGUAAAGAGGAGAGGAAGAAUCCUACCGACCGCUCCAGCGCCUUAAGGGCACGGAUGGAGAAGCGAUUAGAGUCCGCUCGAUUCCGCUACAUUAACGAACUGCUUUACACCUCAACCAGUGGUGAGGCCAAACGCAUGUUUAAGCAGGAUCCUGAUGCCAUUGGGAUUUACCACAAAGGCUACACAGAACAAGUGAAACGCUGGCCUGCGAACCCUGUGGACUCCAUCAUCUCCUAUAUUCGACAAAAACCAGGGUCUUUGGUUGUAGCUGACUUCGGUUGUGGAGAUUGCAAGAUUGCACAGAGUGUGAAGAAUAAAGUGCACUGCUUUGAUUUGGCCCCUGUCUGUGACCUGGUCACUGCCUGUGAUAUGGCCCAUGUACCACUCGCUGAUUCCACAGUGGACAUUGCCGUCUUCUGUCUCUCCCUCAUGGGGACGAACCUUGGUGACUUUUUGGCCGAGGCAAACAGAGUGCUGGUGGAUGGGGGUGUUCUCAAAAUUGCAGAAGUUGCAAGCAGGUUUGAUGAUAUACGCCCAUUCGUUGGAGCACUGUCACGUCUGGGCUUUAAGCUGGUCAGUAAGGACACGGAAAACACCCACUUCUACUCCUUUGAGUUUAUCAAGAUACAAAAUGCUCCAGAUAAUGUGAAGAAAAUAGGGCUUCAACUCAAACCCUGUCUGUACAAGAAACGAUAGUGACAUUGAAAACUGGAAUGCUGACAGAACAGGGAGCACAAACAAAAGGCCACAGUAAUGUCAUGUGAGAUACAUAUUGUGUAGAUAUGUAGAAAGUAAUGUUUACAUUUUGCAUAAAUGUUCUCAGACUGGACCUAACAAGUCACCAGAGAACAGUGAAUGUUUGGUCAUACUACUACGAGCGGUAUUAUCGAGUU